AUGUACAAUUGCGGAUUCUCUUGCUCAGUUGCUCUCUUAGUGGCGCCUCUCCUCGUCAGUACUCAGUCGUCUCUCACUCUCAAGUCUCAGUAUUCACAUGAAGAAGAGGUGCUCAAGCUCACACCAAAUAGGCAAAGACGAUUUGCUACGCUCAACAGUGUGAAUGUUGUUGUGACUACUAUCAAGACUGAGCGCACCAUCCAAUUUGUUUACUGGUGUCCUACUGGAUUCAAGUGUGGUAUCAACUAUCAGCCACCAACUGUUGUUCCUGGAGGUGAUCUUGCCAAGGUGCAACGGGCUGUAUAUGUUGGUGAGGGUAUGGAUGAAGGUGAGUUCAGUGAAGCACGUGAAGAUCUGGCUGCUCUGAAAAAAGAUUACGAGGAGGUUGAUGCUGAAUUGGACGAAGGCGAAGAUGAUGAUCACGAGGAAUACUAAACAAAUGGCUUUUAUUUGUUGGAUUGUAUUUUCCUUUGGAUGUUUUUCAAUUGCUGCAUUUAUGAUACAUCUACUGCCACUUUUCUAUUUCACUAUGGUAUCUUCUCUUGUAUGCUGAAAUGAAUUCUUCUGCUAUGAAAAGUUAAACAUGCUUGUUUAAGUAAAAAAAAAAAAA